CAGUCAUGGUAAUAAAAAUUCCAAAAGGGUCACAAUUUUCUGCAAUCUCUGCCCUUUACGUAUUUGAAAGCGCCUUCUAUGACAAUUUUCCUCCCUUUUCCUGACUUCAACACUCCUGCUUAUAUAAGAGAGAACGGAAGUGCGCAUUUCUAUCACUAACCCCAAGAAAACCCAACUCCUAUCCAUAUAUCUAUCCUUGCAAAAAGGAACCACACCUCGUGUACUUUAAGGUGAUUGAUUGUUCAGUUUUCAGUUGGAAAUAUGCCUUUGGCAUGUCUCAUUGAAAACUAUCAUAUGUUUCCAAGGUUCUGUUGUAUCAUAAUGUAGUUUAUUUAUCUAUGGUUCAGAGGUAGGAAUUGGUUUGAAUUAUUUUGAAUCAAUGAUUGACUUGGUCUACUUGGAUUUUCCUUUCUUUGGGUAGUGGUAGCGUUGCUCUUGGGGUAGGGAGUGUUAAAGAUUAUGACUUUAUGAAAAUGGCAUGUUCAUGAAUUUGAUGCAUUAAAUGGGUCACUAAGGAAAGGUCGUCUUCUCCUUAAAUAUUCACCAGUGCUUGUGAAACUCUAACCAACCCAGUGCUUGUUAAAUAUUCAGCACUACUUAUUUGCCAGCUUCAAGGUUGUGCAAAUGGUGACAACUGUAAGGCCUUUGGACUAUGAGUCAAAGGAGGCCGAGACCACCUUCAGAACAAUGAGCUUCAACAAGUGCAGAAACCUUGAUGACUUGUAUAAGCCUGAUGAGUUGGAUGAGGUUAUUACUGAGAAUACAAGCUCAAAGAGAAAGAAGGCGGGGAAUCUUAAGCUGCAAACCACAUUCUCCUUCAAAUAUCUACUUUCUGAUAAUUCUCAUUCAAACGAGGAAGUUGAUGGCUUGUUGUUCAAUAAACAUGGCCCCCCAUUUGUUUUUCCAGAAUCAGAAAUUUUGUUUUCAUCAAAGCCCGUUGGGGAGCUUGAUGUUGCUGCAAUCAAGCUGCAGAAGGUUUACAAGGGCUACAGAACCAGAAGAAAUCUUGCAGAUUGUGCAGUUGUCUGUGAGGAGCUAUGGUGGAGAGCCUUGGAUUUUGCUGCUCUUAGCAGGUGUUCCCCAUCAAAAUAUGACUCUGGUAAAUCAGAAUCAGCUAGUUCAAAAUGGGCAAGAGCUAGGAUCAUGGCUGCUAAGGUGGGAAAAGGUUUGUGCAAAGAUGACAAUGCGCAGAAAUUAGCUCUAAGACACUGGCUUGAAGCUAUUGAUCCACGUCACCGUUAUGGACACAAUCUGCACUUAUACUAUGAUGUUUGGUUUCAUAGCCAGAGUACACAACCUUUUUUCUACUGGUUGGACGUUGGAGAUGGGAAAGAAGUAAAUCACGAGGAGUGCCUAAGAAGUGAAUUGAAUAAGCAAUGCAUAAAGUAUCUUGGACCCAAAGAGAGGGAAGCCUAUGAAGUGGUUAUUGAGAGAGGAAGGCUUGUUUAUAAAAGAAGCCAGAACCUUGUUCACACUGAGGAGGGAUCUAAGUGGAUUUUUGUUCUCAGCUCUUCAAGAGUUUUGUAUGUUGGUGAGAAAAAGAAAGGUCAAUUUCAGCACUCAAGUUUUUUGGCUGGAGGUGCUACUAUUGCUUCUGGAAGAUUGGUUGCCCAACAUGGAGUUAUUGAUGCUAUAUGGCCCUACAGUGGUCAUUACCGUCCUACAAUGAAGAACUUUAUGGAAUUCAUUGGGUUCUUGAUGGAACAUGAUGUGGACUUGACCAAUGUAAAGAAGUAUGCAAUUGAUGAUGACAUUCCACCUUCAAAACCUGCUGAUGAGGAGCUACAGUUUGAAUCCAAAAUGGCUAGUUCAAGUGGCUUUACCAUUGCCAAAAGUAGCAGUGAAGAGAAUAUAGGUCAAUCUGGCAGCACCAAUAUGCAAACUUCAACAGUUAAAGAGAGGAAACCAUUGUCAAGAAAAUGGACAACUGGAGCUGGUCCUAGAAUUGGAUGUGUGAGAGAGUACCCUGCAAAACUCCAAGUUAAGGCACUUGAACAGCUGAAUAUAUCACCUAGAGUCAACCAUGGAAAAGUAGCAGCCAAAGCACCCAUUCCCUCACCAAGACCUAGUCCAAAAAUCCACCUAUCUCCAAGACUUGUGCACAUGUCAAUUCCUAGUCCAUGAAUAGUUUGCAGAAAUCACAUACCUCUUUUGGAUUCAAUGUUUAGAAUCUAGGUUAUAGAUCACACACACCAGACAGCAGCAUCUAACCCAUGAUUUAUUUUUUCAUUUAGUUUUUUGUUUUUUUUUUUUUUUCUGUUUUGGCCAUAUCUUUUGGUCAUUCAGCUUAAGGAGAAUCAAUUUUUUACUCCUCAUUUCUUUUACCCAAUUGUAUUUUAGGAGUUGGGUCAAUCUUGCCUUAUUGUAAGUCAAAUACCAUUUUUCAAAAAGAGUUUCUUUACACUU